GGCUGACAUGCGGGCUCAGGCAGUGCGGCGCACGUGUGUAUCGCUAACACAAACAUAACCUCUUGAAAGCGUCUCAAAUGUGCGUUGACAACAGUAAAACAAUACAACUUUUUGAACAUUUAGACGUUACGUAGUGUAGUUUUUUGUAAAUUGUUUAAACAAAACUCAAAAAAUGUUACGAAGGCAGGCUCGACUAAGGAGAGAAUACCUCUACAGAAAGAAUAUACAAGAUAAGCAGAAAACUAUCCAGGAAAAGAAGGACAAAAUCAAGAGGAGUCUUGAAGAAAAUAUACCUAUUCAUCCAGAUCUGAGAAAAGAUGCCUUGCAUCUUCAACGAAAAGCAGAAUGGGAAGAUGCAGGUCCAGAACUUGCGGUCGCCCAGGGAACAGAAAUGGGCGGUGCAUGUGGAACUAACGAAGAUGAUGAAUACAGAUGGGCUGGUGUAGAAGACCCUAAGAUCGUCAUCACAACAUCUAGAGAUCCUAGUUCAAGGCUGAAAAUGUUUGUCAAAGAAUUACGACUUAUAUUUCCCAACUCGCAGAGAAUGAAUCGUGGUAACUAUGAGAUGAAGCAACUUAUACAUGCCUGUAGAGCCAACGACGUUACAGACUUUAUCAUCGUCCACGAGCACAGAGGAGUACCAGACUCUCUUGUCAUUUGUCAUCUUCCUUAUGGACCCACAGCUUAUUUUACUAUGUCAGACGUCAUUAUGAGGCAUGACAUUCCUGACAUUGGUACAAUGUCCGAACAGUAUCCUCAUCUGGUCUUUCACAAUUUCAAAACCAAGAUUGGUUUGCGUGCGAUGAGCAUUUUGAAAUAUUUGUUCCCAGUACCUAAGGAAGACAGUAAGAGAGUUAUCACGUUUGCUAAUCACGAUGAUUAUAUUUCGUUCCGACACCAUACAUAUAAGAAAGUCAAUGGGCGUGACAUUGAACUGUCGGAAGUUGGACCAAGGUUUCAAUUGAAACUCUACGAGAUAAAACUAGGAACGCUAGAUGCAGCAGCUGCUGCAGAUACAGAAUGGGCUCUUAGACCUUACAUGAACACCAGUCAUAAGAGAAGGUUUUUCUCUGAUGAUGACGGAUGGCAACAAGAAGAUGAUAUAGAAUAAUUAGUUGUAAAUACGUUUAUUGAAUAAAUUUAUAAUUUGAAUAAAAA